CUAAGGUCAUGUUUAAAAAAUUGGGCUUACAUAUCCCUAUGUAACGUGGGCGCCAAUGCCUCAGCUUUGGAGAAAGAGAUUGGUCCGGAACAAUUUCCAGUCAAUGAGCACUAUUUUGGUUUGGUUAAUUUUGGGAAUACAUGCUACUGCAAUUCAGUUCUUCAGGCACUUUAUUUUUGUCGACCAUUUCGAGACAAAGUCUUAGCAUACAAGAGUCAACCGAGAAAAAAAGAGAAUCUCCUUACGUGCUUAGCUGAUCUCUUCCACAGUAUAGCCACCCAGAAGAAAAAAGUUGGAGUAAUACCUCCCAAGAAAUUUAUAACCAGAUUACGAAAAGAAAACGAGCUUUUUGAUAACUACAUGCAGCAGGAUGCACAUGAGUUCUUAAACUAUCUAUUAAAUACAAUUGCGGAUAUCUUGCAAGAGGAAAGAAAACAAGAGAAACAAAAUGGUCGCCUACCUAACGGCAACAUUGACAAUGAAAAUAACAGCCUGCCAGACCCAACCUGGGUUCAUGAAAUCUUUCAGGGAACAUUAACUAAUGAAACCAGAUGUCUUACAUGUGAAACU